AUGCAUAGUGGUGAUGCUGGAGCCUUACCUCGUCUGGGUUGUCUUCUUAAGAGACACCUGGAUGGCCAAAGUUCUCUUCGAGCGCUGAAUGGUGCCAUAAGGAAAGCAGCUGAUGCAAUCACCAACCUUGCUCAUGAAAAUUGCAGCAUCAAGACCCUUGUUAGGGUUGAAGGUGGCAUUCCUCCACUUGUUGAUUGGUUAGAAUCCAGUGAUGCAAAGUGCAAAGAGUUGCAGCGGGGGCCUUGCAUAGUGGAAUGUAAUGCUCUGCCCACCCUUGUUCUAAUGCUUCAUUCAGAAGAUGCUGCUAUACACUAUGAAGCUUCAACAAGUCCGCUUAUUCAAAGGAAUAUAGUUUUUUAUUUAUCAUUGCGAAUGCGUUAUUGGAUUCUAAACUACAAUUGGAUUGUUUUCACAGAAGUUGAUGCUGGAAGAAGUUGA